AUGCUGGCAGGAAACACCGCAGCAGAUACUAUUGUGACAGGCACGGGUGGGAAGGAAGUUCCCUUUUUGCUUGAAGGCGUUCUAGAAAGGUCGGAUUUGACAAGCGGGAGGCGAUUUUGGAGCAGAGGAGAGGGCGUGAGCGGACUCAAUGGGGAGAUUGCCGUUGGCGUUGCUAGUAUCCCGGUGACUGUGAAUAAACCAGGUGCUACUGCCUCAGGUGCUGCCUCAGGUGCUCGCUCAGGUGCUGGCUCAGGUGCUGCUUCAGGAGGUUCUUUAGCUGUUGUUGCAGGUGGUGCCUCAGGUGCUACCGCAGGUGGUUUCUCAGGUGGUUCCCCAGGUGUUGCUACUCCAUCUGCCGGUGCAGCCUCUGCUGACCCCUCAGCUGUUGCUGCGUUCAUCCUGACCCUCCAAUCCGCAAUCAACGGCCGCCCUCAACCAUCCACUAGCGCCGCCACCCGUCACCUUUCCACCCUCCGUUCAGACCCCUCCUCCUCCCCUGCACUUGCUCCCCCUGCUGCUGCCGCUACAGCCCCUGCUGCUGCUGCUGGUGCUGCUGCUGCUGCUGCUGUUCCUGCUGCUGCAGCAGCUUCUGAUGCUGACGCCACUACCACUACCCCUGCUGCUGCGGCUGCUGCUGCUGACGUCAAUGCUGCUGCUGAAAAGCCAGGGGCAUCAGUGAGUUAUGAGCCGAACAGAAAUACUCUUGAGACGUCUCAAAAAGCAUCAGUGAGUUAUGAGCCGAUCAAAAAUACGUUGGGAGGGGUGAAUGUUACUCCAUCAACAGUUAAAGGGGCAGACAUGCUGCUACGAUCCGGGAGCGGCAAUGGGUGGAUAAUGAAGUGUGCUUAUAACGAGGCUUUUGAGCCGGAGGCUGCUGAAUGCGACAUUGCUGAUCCCAAUGCUGCUGACGUGGCACAAGAAUUGCUUAAAGGCAAGGCACGGCAUGGGGCCGGUUUAGCCGAAGAGUGUGAAGAGGAGGCAUAUGGAUGUGACAGCAGGUUUGCAAAGCGAGUGAGGACCGAAGCAGAGAGCGUGACCACCUUUAAGACGCCUCGAGUAUCGUAUCGAGAGGUGCUGCACGGCAUGCUGAAAAGCGAGGUGACAAAUGGAUGGGCCAUGCCUGUCAUGCCUGGCAUCCCGCGCUCAAGUAGCAGGGACAGCAGCACGUGCAGCAAUGCAGUAGCAUGUGGGGGUGAUGAUAAGGAAUGGAAUGGAAUGCAGAUGCAGGGUAUUGAGGUGGGGGUUUUGCUGGAACAGCGGAGGAGGCAGCAGCAAGCUCAGGAGGUUCAGUGGGAGAGAGAAAAGAAGUUGCUGCUCUGUGUGCGGCAAGGGCGAGGAGAGGGGAGAGAGGAGGGGGUAAAGGAGACGAGGCUGCAGAGAGAGCAUCAGCUGCAGCAUGAAGGCCAUCAUCAACAGCAGCAGCAGCAGCAGCAGCAGCAUCACCAGCAGUUAGCUCUUCACGUGGUUGCGGCGCUGCUGUUGAAGCAUGGCUGA